AUGGUCGCAACAUCAGGACUUACUUGGAGCGUGUUGCUCUUGGCUGCUUCGACAGUCACCGAAGCGUUGAAUCUUCACCACAUUAAGACCGACAACAGUGGUGGACAGGGUUCCAGAGGUGAGUACCUGAUUGGUCAGUUCCACAUUACCUCUGCUAAUAGGAUGCAAGGCCACCUCCGGGACAGAGGAAUUCUACCUCCUCGUCAGCUAAACACGUCCGAUCCCCUUUUGGACCAAUGGGUCUCGUUGCCUCUUGACCAUUCUGGCGAGGAUGAGAGGAUGUUCGACAACCGCUACUGGAUCUCGACAUCGGACUACGAGGGCGCCGGCCACCCCAUCUUCAUCUAUGACAACGGAGAAGGUGCGGGCUAUGGCGGCAUUCUGGAAGACACGUGGUUCCAAGCCAUGGUCCAAAAGUUCGGCGGCAUCGGCAUCUCGUGGGAGCACCGUUACUACGGAGAGUCGGUCCCGGUCAGGAUCGACAACGAGACUGACCCUGAGGACAUGAAGUUCCUUACCGUCGAGCAAGCUCUCGCCGACGUCGCCGCCUUCGCCUCCAACUUCAGCCACCCGGACUACGCCGACAUUGAUCUGACGCCCACGUCGACCCCCUGGAUCUUCGUCGGUGGCUCGUACCCGGGCAUCCGCGCCGCUCUGAUGCGCCAGCUCUACCCUGACAUCAUCUUCGCGUCGUACGCCUCGUCUGCUCCCGUCGAGGCCCGCGUCAACAUGUCCUCGUACUACGACCCGAUCUGGGACGGCAUGCACAGAUACGGCUACGGCGGCUGCGUGCGCGACGUUCAGGCCGCCAUCCACCACAUCGACGACCUGCUCGAGACCGAAGAGGGCGCGGCCAAGGUCAAGAAGCUGUUCCUGGGCCGCAACGCCGAGAAGAACACGAACGGCGACUUCGCCCGCGCCCUCUCCAUUAUCUGGAACAGCUGGCAGAACUAUGGCGCCACCAGCUACAUCGACACCUUCUGCACCUACCUCGAGACCCGCAACACGACCAACGGCACCACCCUCUACGCCGACGCCGACGAGGGCUGGGCCCCCACCAUGGGCGCCGCCUGGGUCGUCAAGCACUGGGCCGAGUGGCCCUACUUCGCCCCCCUGGCCAGCUACGACUGCGAGGGCAACGCCAACAUCAUCACUGCCGCCCCGUCCGCCAACAGCUCCUACUCCAACGACGAGAAUGAUGACGACGACAGCACCACCGACGACGACGCUCCCGCCUGCCAGCUGACGCAGGUGACGGACGACCCGGACUCGAUCAGCUGGACGUGGCAGUACUGCACGCAGUGGGGCUACCUGAUGCCCGCCAACGUCGGCCCGCGCCAGAUCGUGUCCAAGUUCGACACGCUCGACUUCGAGAUGAGCGUGUGCCGCGCCCAGUUCCCCAACGCCGGCGACCUCAUCCCCGAGUGGCCCGACGUCGAGUCGCUGAACGCGCUCACUGACGGCUGGAACAUGCGCCCCAGCAACACCUUCUGGACCGGCGGCGAGUUCGACCCGUGGAGGACCCUGAGCCCCCUGGCCGACGAGGGCGAGGACGCGCCUAUGCCUUACAUGACCCAGGAGGUGCCCGAGUGCGGCGUCAGCACCAGUGUCGACGAGAUCUUCGGCUACAUCCUGCCCGAUGCCCAGCAUUGCUACGACCUUGAUGACACUCUCCCGGCUUACAAGGCCCAGAAGUACUUCACUGACGCCCUGACCAAGUGGCUGAAGUGCUUCGAUGGCGGCCAGCACUACUAA